AUGACCGAGCCUCACCGUUUGCUGUACAUUAUCGACAAGACUACUGCCGCGGGGCAGCGCAAUCGUAUUUCGUACUUCUUUACAAGGGAUGAAUUCUUCUCGGAAUCCGGGGCAACUGGGAAGCCCGAGGCGGCUCUGUUUAACGCGCAUGAAAUCUACUGCCACAGCAAAGGCCACGGUCAGUUCAGUCCGUGA